AUCCAAUCCAACGACUACAAGCUGUGGUUGAUUGUGAAGAACGGCUGCGGAGUCCCGAUGAAGAAAGUCGGUGAAGUCAACGUCCCCAAAACCGAAGAGGAGUUCACCGACGAAGAUUGCAAAAAGAUGGAGCUCAACGCAAAGGCAAUAAACAUGAUUUAUUGCGGUGUUAAUGCGGAUGACUACCGCAAAAUCUCGCGGUGUGAAACCGCAAAACAAAUGUGGGAGAAAAUGGAGGUCACCUACGAAGGAACCACGCUGGUUUGGGAGGCCAAAAUCGACCAUCUCACCCACGAGUACGAACUCUUCUCAAUGAAGGAAAACGAGAAGAUUGAGGAAAUGUUUGAGAGGUUCUCUAACAUCAUUAAUCCUCUCAAUCUUCUCGGGAAGACUUACACCGACCGAGAACUUGUAAGAAAGGUGCUACGAAGCUUAUCUCCAAAAUGGCGUUCAAAGGUGGACGCAAUUGAAGAAGGACGUGACUUCCAAACAACGACCUAUGAUGCUCUUCGAGGUAACCUCAUUACCUAUGAAACCACCCAACUCUCAAAAGUGGUUGAAGAGAAGAGCAAGAGGUCUAUUGCUCUACCCGCAACAACAUCAUCCCACAACAAUGUUGAUGAUGAAGAUGAUGACAGCGACGACACCGACCUCGGACUCUUCGUCCGAAAAUUCAAGAAGAUGAUGCUCAAGAGGGGAGCCAAGAAGAACACUCCACCCAAGUGCUAUGGGUGUGGUGAAAUUGUGUCCAAAGCUCAAAAACGAGAAGGACAAGAGGGCACCGAAGAAGCAACGUGCCUACAUUUCUUGGGAGAACGAUGGGUCCGGGAGUGAAGACUCGGAAACGGAGGAUGUGGCCAACCUAUGUCUCAUGGCCAUUGAGGAUGGUGAAACAUCAAAAGAG